UCUCUAUUUUGUUUCUACUUCUUCUUGAUCUCUAUCCGGAACAAAUUAAUUGCGUCAUUCCUUUUUUGACAUAGCUAUCGAUUGUACACGUGUUUCUGUAUUUUUUGUUAAAUCGUCAGUGGUGAUCGGAGAGAAUGGCGUCGACGGAGCACUUGGUGACCGGCGGCGGAGGAGGAGGAGGAGGAGGCCCGAGGUACGUGCAAGUGCAAUCGGAGCCGCUGCCGAUGAUGAUGUCAUCAUUCUUCUCCUUUCAUCAUCAUCACGGAGCCGAGUCAGCUCGAAUUUUCGAUGAGUUGCCUAAGGCUACUAUUAUUCAGGUGUCCCGCCCCGAUGCUGCCGAUAUUAGCCCUAUUAUGCUCACUUAUACAAUUGAAUUCCAAUACAAACAGUUCAAGUGGCAGUUAGUCAAGAAAGCUUCACAAGUAUUCUAUUUACAUUUUGCGUUGAAGAAAAGGGCAUUUAUUGAGGAAAUUCAUGAAAAGCAGGAGCAGGUCAGAGAAUGGCUUCAAAAUUUAGGAAUAGGAGAUCAUACACCGGUUAUACAGGAUGACGAAGAAGCUGAAGAUGAGACCAUUCCUCUGCGUAAUGAUGAAAGUGUCAAAAACAGAGAUGUUCCGUCAAGUGCUGCCCUGCCAAUUAUUCGGCCUGCCCUAGGACGGCAGAAUUCAAUGUCUGACAGAUCAAAAGUAGCAAUGCAAGGCUACUUGAAUCACUUUCUUGGGAACAUGGAUAUAGUGAAUUCGCGGGAGGUUUGCAGAUUUUUGGAAGUCUCCAGGUUGUCCUUUUUACCAGAGUAUGGUCCUAAGCUAAAAGAAGAUUAUGUCAUGGUGAAGCACUUACCAAAAAUCCCCAGAGAUGAUGAACAUCAAGGCUGUUGUUCAUGUCAGUGGUUCAGCUGCUGCAAAGACAAUUGGCAGAAGGUCUGGGCUGUACUCAAGCCUGGAUUUCUGGCCUUCCUCAAAGAUCCUUUUGAUGCGCAACCUCUAGAUAUAAUUGUAUUUGAUGUACUACCAGCAUCAGAUGGUAAUGGAGAUGGCCGUGUAUCAUUAGCAAAAGAAGUAAAGGAUCACAAUCCUUUGCGCCAUUAUUUCAGGGUAUCUUGUGGAAUCCGGUGCAUCAAGGUCAGAACCAAGGCCAAUGCUAAAGUCAAAGAUUGGGUUGCUGCAAUUAAUGAUGCUGGUCUUAGGCCACCUGAGGGUUGGUGUCACCCUCACCGUUUUGGAUCUUUUGCUCCUCCUCGGGGAUUGACAGAAGAUGGUAGUCAGGCUCAGUGGUUUGUAGAUGGUCGGGUGGCAUUUGAAGCGAUUGCUUUGGCAAUUGAGGAUGCAAAAUCAGAGAUAUUUAUUUGUGGUUGGUGGCUCUGCCCAGAACUCUACCUGCGGCGGCCUUUUGAUGCUCAUGCAUCCUCUCGGCUUGAUGCUUUACUAGAAAUGAAAGCUAAGCAAGGUGUUCAGAUUUAUAUUCUUCUAUACAAAGAGGUUGCCCUAGCUCUGAAAAUUAACAGCGUCUACAGCAAGAAAAAGCUUCUUGGCAUCCAUGAGAAUGUGAGAGUACUACGAUAUCCAGACCAUUUUUCUACUGGUGUCUAUUUAUGGUCGCACCAUGAGAAAAUUGUUAUUGUUGACCACCAUAUUUGCUUUCUUGGAGGGCUUGACCUCUGCUUUGGUCGCUAUGAUUCAUUUGAUCACAAAGUGGGCGAUUACCCUCCCUGCAAUUGGCCUGGAAAGGACUAUUACAACCCAAGAGAGUCAGAACCAAAUUCAUGGGAAGAUACUAUGAAAGAUGAAUUAGAUCGGCAAAAGUAUCCGCGUAUGCCAUGGCAUGAUGUCCACUGUGCUUUUUGGGGACCGCCUUGCCGUGAUGUUGCUAGACAUUUUGUUCAGCGUUGGAACUAUGCAAAGAGGAAUAAAGCUCCAUAUGAGGAGGCGAUCCCACUCCUUAUGCCACAGCAUCACAUGGUUAUUCCCCACUACAUGGGAAUUAACAGAGACAUUGAUGAUGAAAUUAAGAAUGAUGGAAACAUCCGUAAACGCACCAAAAAGCAAGAAUCAUUCUCGUCUCGAUCAUCCUGCCAGGAUAUCCCCUUGCUCAUGCCUCAAGAAGCAGAUGGGCUCGAUGCUUCAGAGGGGCAAUUAAAAUUAAAUGGUUUAAGUAGGGAAUAUGGUUUCCAUGAUCAAGCAAGCAGGCCCAGCAAAAGUCCUUUCUCUUUCCGAAAGUCAAAAGUUGAACCAAUUAAUCCAGAUAUGCCAAUGAAAGGUUUUGUAGAUGAUCUUGAUGCCUCACAUAUGCUGCAGGAGUUGUCUUCCAUGCAGCCUGGAUUCAAGCCUUCAGGUAAUGAAUGGUGGGAAACACAGGAUCGAAGUGGUCAAGUUGAUCUGGCAGAUGAAAGUGGACAAGUUGGUCCUCGUGUUUCAUGUCGAUGUCAGGUUAUAAGGAGUGUCAGUCAAUGGUCUGCUGGAACUAGCCAAAUAGAGGAAAGCAUUCACAGUGCUUACUGUUCUCUUAUCGAGAAGGCAGAACACUUCAUAUAUAUUGAGAAUCAAUUCUUCAUCUCAGGUCUUUCUGGAGACGAGAUCAUACGGAAUCGUGUAUUGGAAGCAUUAUACCAACGCAUUAUGCGAGCUUACAAGGAAAAGAAGUGUUUCAGAGUUAUAAUUGUCAUACCACUUCUUCCAGGCUUCCAGGGUGGUGUGGAUGAUGGUGGUGCAGCAUCUGUGAGAGCAAUUAUGCAUUGGCAGUAUCGAACAAUAUGCAGAGGACGUAAUUCGAUAUUGGACAAUCUUUAUGAUCACAUCGGACCUCGAGUGCAUGACUAUAUAUCUUUCUACGGUCUUAGAGCUCAUGGUAGACUUUUUGAAGGUGGUCCUGUGGCCUCCAGUCAGGUGUAUGUACAUAGCAAGAUCAUGAUAGUUGACGAUUGUAUAACUCUAGUUGGAUCUGCUAAUAUCAAUGAUAGAAGUUUGCUUGGCUCAAGGGACUCUGAGAUUGGUGUACUAGUUGAGGACAAAGAACUGUUUGAUUCAUUAAUGGGAGGCAAGCCAUGGAAGGCUGGGAAGUUUGCAUCGAGCUUGCGGCUUUCUCUAUGGUCUGAGCACCUUGGUCUUAGAGCUGGAGAGGUCCAUCAAAUAAGAGAUCCGGUGAUUGAUUCUACAUAUAAGGGAAUAUGGAUGGCAACUGCCAAGACAAAUACCAUGAUCUACCAAGAUGUUUUUUCUUGUAUACCCAAUGAUCUAAUCCAUUCCAGGGCUUCUCUCCGUCAAUGCAUGGUCUACUGGAAAGAAAAACUUGGCCAGGCAACCAUUGAUUUAGGAAUAGCCCCAAAUAAGCUCGAGUCUUAUCAAGAUGGGGAUAUUAAAUGCACUGAUCCCUUGGAGAGGUUAGAAUCUGUUAGGGGGCAUCUUGUUUCUUUCCCUUUGGAUUUCAUGUCCAAAGAAGAUUUAAGACCUGUGUUCAAUGAAAGCGAGUACUAUGCAUCAUCUCAAGUUUUUCACUGAGCAUCAUCUUUAUUAACUACGGCUUGUAUAUAGCUGAAAAUUAUCUUCCACGUGUCUUUAAGUAUGGUGAGACAUGCACCUCAGGCGGAGAGUACACACACAGAGGGAGCCCCCCAACCAGAGAGAGAGAGAGAGAUGGAAAGGGGUGGUGGUUGACCAGAAACUUCAGUUCGAAGCAAGAAAAUACAGCAAGAAAAUGGAAGUUAUAUAUAGGCGCUCUUUAGCGGGGCUCUUAAUGUUCGAGGAAGUGGAAGUUAUAUACAAGUUUCUCUGCUUAAUGUUUCUACAUGUAUAUGAAUGAAAUUAAAGUUUCAUGAUUCACUCUGGUGUUCCUCAAGGCAUUAGUCCAUUGUUGGCACCUGAACUAUCAUAGCUGGUGGUCUACUUUGACAAUAAGCGCCGGAGUUUGCCAGUUGCGGGAAGCACUUUCAUUAAGAUUUGCAGUUCUGUUCAUAGAGGAGGAUGAGGAUCCAGUGACAGAGAAAUGAUUGUUUCCGAUCUCAACGGAUAAUAUUCAGCACGAUAUCAGCAGGCACCGAAGAUUUCUAAAUUCUUCAUGGGAGUGAUAUUUUAUGUACUUGAAAGAUUCACAAAAAUUUGUGCACAAGACUUCUCUGCAAUAUAGAUUAUAGAGCAAUAUGGUUCAACCAACCUCCCCUCACCCCUAAAAAAAUAAAAACCGAAAAAAGGAACAUUUUGGAUAGACGUUGAUGACUUCUUUUUUUUUUUUUUUUUAUGCUUCCUGACACAUUGAUAACUUGUUGGCCAUGUAUCUCAAAUUAACUUUUACAUAAAUUAGUUCCUAUAAA